GGUGCUCUUCCCCAACCAUCCAAAACACCGAAUCUUAGUGUCUGCUCGGUACUAGCAGUAGCUAUACCUUCAGUAGAUCUUAAGCUUGGAGUAGAAUUUGUGUUUGCUGCACUGAGCUAAGAUGGCCUCCUCUUCCAAGGCUGCAGCAUUUGCUGCACUGCUCUUCUCCCUCCUUGUCACGUAUGGCUCGUGCACUCGGCCGGUGAACUUUAACGAGUCGGACUUCACCGCCGACCCCAACUGGGAGGCCGCCAGGGCCACCUGGUAUGGGGCACCCACCGGCGCCGGUCCUGACGACGACGGUGGCGCCUGCGGGUUCAAGAACGUGAACCUGCCACCGUUCUCGGCGAUGACGUCCUGCGGCAACGAGCCACUGUUCAAGGACGGCAAGGGCUGCGGCUCCUGCUACCAGAUACGAUGCACCAACCACGCUGCGUGCUCCGGCAACCCGGAGACGGUGAUAAUCACCGACAUGAACUACUACCCCGUCGCCAAGUACCACUUCGACCUCAGCGGCACGGCCUUCGGCGCCAUGGCCAAGCCAGGCCGCAACGAUGAGCUCCGCCAUGCCGGCAUCAUCGACAUCCAAUUCAAGAGGGUGCCCUGCAACUACCCCGGCCAGAAGGUGACGUUCCACGUCGAGGAGGGCUCGAACGCCGUCUACUUGGCGGUGCUCGUCGAGUUCGAAGACGGCGACGGCGAUGUGGUGCAGGUGGACCUCAUGGAAGCCAACUCCGGGUCAUGGACUCCGAUGCGCGAGUCCUGGGGAUCCAUCUGGAGGCUGGACUCCAACCACCGGCUGCAGGCGCCCUUCUCAGUGCGCAUCACCAACGAGUCCGGCAGGAUGCUGGUGGCCAACCAGGUCAUCCCGGCCAACUGGGUGCCCAACACCUAUUACCGCUCCAUCAUCCAGUACUAGCUCAUGCAUGAUCUGGUUCUGCCAACAAUAAUGCGGUCACUGAUAGAUUUUCGAUUCAUUUGGUACUAUUUCGUUGUUCCAUUGGAUUGAGGUGCCUUAAUUAGUUAGUAGGUGAGGUAUCAGGAGUCCGGCUAUGCUGGCAUCAGUAGGAGUUGUUUGUGUCUGUAAGAGAUUGACGUGUGGGAAAUAGAGGAGGCAAGUUUGCAUGUGCUUUCCCGGCCCACUGUCUAUGAAUGUAAUGGUGUGAUCAAGGUUUUAAAUUAUAAACACUGUUUUGUGCACCAUUAAGUAAA